AUUCAUACCCACAGUCCGACCUGCGUCAAGUAUUCCCUGGGCAAGAAGAGACGGAAGGGCGAUCUCUGUCGGUUCAAGGCGCCAUGGAGAUUGGUCGACAAAACUGCAUUCACGCCAGACGGCGUCCUGCAGAUUCGCAGGACGCACCCCAUGGUUAAUCGGUGGAACAAGGCCAUCGCCGUGGGGCUUCGCCACAACCACGACAUCUCCUUCAUAGCGACGCAGCGGAAAACCAUGGCCCUCGUCUAUUACGUCACGAACUACGCAACCAAAGUAGAGGACCCGACGUGGAAGCGCGUCGCCGCGGCCGCAGAACUGUUGCCUGUUGUCUCAGCAGGUGGCCAGCCGGCCGCUGGGGAGGAUGCUGGAGGCGGCGCCGUCGGCGACGAAGACGGUACAAAAAACAAGACGCGACAGUUUCUGAUGAGAGUGGCGAACCGUAUAUUCACGGAGCAGCCUCUAUCGCAAGUCGAAGUCGUUGCCCAUCUUCUAGGGUACCCGAGCGAGUUCACGAACAGCAGCGCCUGGGCGUACCUGAACGUAUCCCUGCUCUACUGGCACGUCUUCCGACGGUGGCGACACCUCCGGCAAGAGAGCGGCACAGCGGUCGCGGACACUUCCGUGGACGAGUCGAUCGUCGUGGAAGAAGCAGGCCAAAGAAUCAGUUUCGCUGAGGCUUAUCACCAUCGUGGAGAUGUCCUGCGAGGUCUGUGCCUGUAUGAUUAUGUUUCGCUCGUCAUGCUCCAACGCGUUGGCAAGGACGGAAGUUCCGGUGCUUGGGGAGAGGUGCCGUUCGAGAGCAAUUGGGCGCCUGGGAAACACUGGGUGCAGGUGCUAAGAUGGCCAGGAAAGCAUGCCGUCGUCUGCCUUGACGGGUACUUGACCAAAGAUUUUGAACAAGACGACGAAGAGGAGUCGUGCCAUCGUAGGUAUGUGUGUGGCGAACGACCUAACCGAAGGGGGUUGAAGGGACUAACUCUCGUGCUGAAGAGCAGCUGUGCAGCAUCUUGCCCUGUUUGUGCCGUGGGAAACAUUCUUGGGCGAAGUACGAGACGACAUCAACGACAUAUGGGCGCGGGCACGGGCGGCGCUGUCUCCGAGAAUCUCCUGCCUCGUCGGUAAUGUACAACUGCUCCGGCGAUGCGCCGAAGACGCAAAGCGGGACGCCAGGCAAUGGGCAGCCUCAGCGGGCGACGCUGACUUCACGGCCGCACGUGCCGGCGAGGAAGGAGAAGGCGAGACUGGUGAAGAAGCCGCAUCGGUGUACCAGUCUGACAGCAUUGGUAACGCAACGCGUCUGAUUGACGUCGUGAGAGGUGCAGCAGGCACGAACCAGGUCACGGCUGGGUCGCCG